UACAGAAUCUUAAUUAAACACUCUUUUUUUCUACCUACUAUUAUCUGCACAAAAGCAUGUCUUUUAUUUUUAAACUCUGUGACCGGAAGUUGCUUUUGCGUUGCAGGUGUCUUGACGGCGUUGCAGAUCGGCAGGUCAGGGAGGUUGAAUGAGUGUUUAGUGUUAGAGGGUCUCUGCAGGGAAGAGUUACUAUGGCAAGAGUUCUGCACCUCACUUUGCUUUUAUUUGUACAUUAUGGAUCAAUUGUUCUGAUUUCCACCAGACCUGCUGAUGACAACUCUGCAGUGAGACCCACUGUGGAUUCAGAUGCAACUUUUACUACAACUGUGAGCAGUUUUUCUACAGGAAACAGCACUAAUGUUCCCACCACAGGACUUUAUAGUAAGUCAACAACUAAACCCCCCACGACCACAGCAACAACUGAACGUCAGACUGAAGGUAGUGAUAAAAAAGUAGCUCCCAGAAAAGAAGCUGAAGAAGAAGAAGAAGAAGAAGGUCCUUUGGAAUUUGAAAAGAGGUCCAUCAGGAGCAUUAAGGUAACAAAGAAGCCCAAAACGGUCCCGAAGAAACCCAAAGUCAUCACCAAGAAGCCAAAGGUUGUUAAGAAAGACAAACCCCAGGUCAAAAAAAGUGUGAGCCAAUCAGUGACCAAGGAGACAGUCGAACAAUGUCCUCCGCUGGGUCUGGAGUCACUGAGGGUCAAAGACACUCAGCUGAGAGCGUCGUCCUACAAGCGCCGUGGUCUGGGCCCCCACCGCGGCAGACUCAACAUCCAGUCAGGGAUAGAGGACGGAGAUAUCUAUGAUGGAGCCUGGUGCGCUCAGUACAGAGACAAGAACCAGUGGUUCGAGGUCGACGCUCUGCGGCCGACUCGCUUCACUGGGGUCAUCCUGCAGGGUCGCAACUCCAUCUGGAGUUGGAACAUGGUUCAUUCCUACAAGGUGCAGUUCAGUAACGACUCUGUGGUCUGGAAGCCGUGUAUGAACGGGACCGAAGAGGCUGUGUUUGAAGGGAACCAGAACACAGAGAUAGCUGUACUCGCCCUUUUCAACACCUCCACAGUAGCGCGUUACAUCCGCAUCAACCCACAGACCUGGUACCAGAACGGGACUCAGGGUGAUAUCUGCCUGAGAGCAGAGGUGUUGGGCUGCACAGUCCCAGAUCCUAAUAACAUCUACGCUUGGCAGACGGAGCCGAUGGAGUCCAGAGACAAACUGGAUUUCAGGCACCACAACUACAAGGAGAUGAGAAAGUUGAUGAAAUCGGUGAACGAGGCGUGUCCUGACAUCACCCGCAUCUACAGCAUCGGGAAGAGCUACGCGGGUCUGAAGCUCUACGUCAUGGAGAUCUCUGAUAACCCAGGAAAGCACGAACUGGGAGAACCAGAGUUCCGUUAUGUCGCAGGGAUGCACGGGAACGAGGUGGUGGGCCGGGAGAUUCUUCUCAAUCUGAUGGAGUACAUGUGCCACGAGUACAAACAAGGCAACCAGCGCAUCGUCCACCUGAUCAAAGAGACUCGUAUCCACCUCCUGCCCUCCAUGAACCCCGACGGAUAUGAGAUAGCCUUUAAAGAGGGCUCGGAGAUGGCAGGUUGGGCCACUGGACGUUACAGCUACGAAGGUAUUGACAUGAACCACAAUUUUGCUGACCUCAAUUCUGGGAUGUGGACCGCCAUCGAGCUGGAGACGGACCACUCUAAACUCAUCAACCACUACUUUCCCAUCCCUGAGAGAUACACCUCAGAGGAGGCCUUUGUGGCAUCAGAAACUCGAGCUGUCAUCAACUGGAUGCAGAACAUCCCAUUUGUUCUAAGUGCCAACCUCCAUGGUGGAGAGGUGGUGGUCACCUACCCGUAUGACAUGACCAAGGACUGGGCGCCUCGCGCGCACACACCCACUCCUGACGAGAGCUUCUUCCGCUGGUUGGCCACGGCGUACGCCAGCACCAAUCAGAUGAUGUCCAACCCAGACCGGCGGCCGUGCCACAACAGGGACUUCCUCAGAUACAACAACAUCAUCAACGGAGCCGACUGGCACAACGUACCAGGAAGUAUGAAUGAUUUCAGUUACCUGCAUACCAACUGUUUUGAGGUGACGGUGGAGUUGUCCUGCGAUAAAUUUCCUCACGCCAGCGAGCUUCCUACUGAGUGGGAGAACAACAGAGAGUCUCUGCUGGUUUACAUGGAGCAGGUCCACAGAGGAAUUAAAGGUGUGGUUCGGGAUAAAGACACAGAAGCCGGUAUCGCAGACGCCAUCAUCAAGGUUGAAGAUAUUGAUCAUCACAUCAGAUCAGUGGCUGAUGGUGACUACUGGCGACUGCUGAACCCUGGUGAGUACCGGGUGACAGCCAGCGCAGAGGGCUACUUCCCCUCCUCCCGCACCUGCCAGGUCAUGUACGACUUCUACCCCACCAUCUGUGACUUCCGCCUCACCAAGAUGCCCAAGCAGAGGCUAAAGGAGAUUUUGGCGAAGGGGGGAAAACUCCCCAAGGACCUGCAGCUCCGGCUGCGCCAGCUACGUCUCCGUAAACUCCGCGUCACCACCAAAGCCAUCAACCGGAGGCGUGCUGCUGCUGCCAAAAGGGCGAAGAAGGUGUGAUGAUGAUGAUGACGAUGAUGAUAAUGGAGGAUAAUCUGAGAACAAAGCAGGACUUAGUUCAGUUCACUCUGGGUUCAAAAACAACCUAUCUUCACUGGAGUCAUGUCAGUUUUUUAUUUUUUUUUUAAGUUGUUAUUUAUCCAGGACAAGACAGCUGGGCACCAUGCUUCAGCAAAACACAAUGUUUUUACACAUGUAAACAGUUAUGAACAGUUUCAUCCUCUGCUGUGGAGCAGCAGAGCAACUGAGGAAACAGUUUAUGGUUGAUGUUAAAGGACAUGACUGGCAAUUUUCUAUAUUUUUCUUCAACAAAUCUCAUGUGCAGAGCCAAACCAACAAUGAAUUUAUCCUACU